AGUCACUGUCAGCUCGUUCGUUCGCAUAGUUUGGUUUAGUCGCGAGUGUGUUCUAUUCUUGUCUACGUAUUUCGCAAACAUGUUUAGCAAAGUGCUUAUCCUGGCCGCGGUCACCGUGUGCAGUGUGCUGGCCGCUCCCCAGAAGCGGCUCGGUGGACCGCUGCCGCUCGGUACGGCCGAAUCGCAGGCCGUCAUCCUGGCGCAGGAGCAGAACCACGACCCGAGCGGUGCGUACAACUAUCGGUACGAGACGAGCAACGGCAUCGCGGCGCAGCAGACUAGCUACGAUGGCGCUAAUGCGGCGGGCGAGUACUCGUACACCGGGCCGGACGGUGUGCUGUACCGGGUGGCGUACAAUGCCGACACGUACGGGUUCCAGCCGCAGGGUGCGCAUCUGCCGGUCGAGCCGCCAGUACCGGACCAUGUGCUGAAGUCGCUCGAGGAGAUCCGCGCCAAUCCGCCGCGUGAUCAGGAGUUCAAUCUGGCCGCGCUCGAUGCACAGAUCGCACGGCUACGGGCCACUCUGGGCUAAGCCAACGGAGCACAGCCAACCAACACAAAUGACAAGCGCAUGGUUGUGAUCGAGAUGGUACCACAGGGACAGGGCAGGAAGGGUUGAUUCGUUGUUGAGAUGGUGUCCGCUGAUGUUUAUGUUACAGUUACAACAUUUAAAAUAACAAUAAAAAUGUUUCGAACGAUUUUGUACAA